UAAGCCCUAGAUAAAGCAUCAUCAAAUUCAUCAUCAGUCUUCUCUAAACGCCACGUGUCUAUAUGACCUUGGAUUUACGUAGUCUACUAAUCUCUCAUUCCCUCACUGCCAAGAUUCGGAACCCUUUUCCUUAUCUCGCGGUUUCUCCUCUCUCUCUGCUCCUCUCUCUCUCGCUCUCAGAUUAUUGGCCUGUUUAUGAAAUUUGACUGCCGCAACUGAGAGAGAAUGGAACAGAGCACAAGCGAUUUCGAGGAUUUCGAUUUUGACAAAGACGAGAGAGAGGUCGUCGUAAUUUUGUUGGAGCUUCCUCAAUUGAUCGCUAAAUCAGAAAAAUCUCUCGCUUGGGGAUUUAAAAGAAGAAGAACUGCAGUGCCCGAGAGAUCCUCUCACUUUCGGUCUCCUUCAUUACAUUCACCGAGGCCACCGCGUCCAAGUGUUGUUGUUGUCGAUGAGAAUUCUAGGUCUCUGGUGGUUGAAGCAGAGGAACCCACUGUCAUGGCGGUCCAGGCGAUGAGCCCUGUGACGCCUCUCUCGUUGUCGCUCAGUGAAUCCGAUGAGAAUCCGGAGUGCUCCAAGCGAAGCAGCUCUCAUAAGGUGUUCGGUCCUGAAACAGAGGAAUCCAGGUUGAAUCUUGCUUCAGGAUUUCCCCGAGACACGUCAAAAUCCCCCACCGUUGAUCCCACUCCGGUCAUACGCCACCACCAAUUGUUCCUUAUACCCGACCUUAAUGUCUCUCCGCCUCCGCCAGAGUACUAUUUCCAAGCCUUACCAUUCUUGCCCUACUUGGCAAAAAUCAACAGAGCCGUCGCUGCUCAACGAGCAAGGCAGAGAAGGAUUGGGAUUUGCAGAGCUAAUAAACUACGUCCACGAGUUAGGUAAUUUGUUUUCUUUUUUUUUUCUCUAUAAAUUUUGGCAAUACCGAGUAUGAUUAUUAGGUUUUAGUUUUGAAUGCUUUGAUUGAUGAGAAUAUUUCUCUGUUAAUGGGGGGUAUUUGUAAUUGUGUAUCAGAGGAGCCCCAAAUGGAAUAUUUUAUAUGAUUCAUUAUUAAGUUUGGAUUCCAGGUA